CCAUGCGAAACCAAACGACCCUUAUGACAAAUUCCCAUCACCGCAACUUCGACCAAUUGCAUUUUAACCAAUUCGAUACGCAACCUUUCGUAAACCGCGGCACCACAAAACCACUUGAUCAAAUUCACACUACAUCUCACAACCAUUUCAGCCGACUCUUUCUCUGCACAAACCAAAGUCGAAAUCAAUUUCACUCCAAAUACCACUCUACUCUUUCAUUCUUGAUUCACAACAAAACCUCAUUUCUUCCCUGCCUUGACCGAGAGCACCGAGAGAGGGAGAGAGCUGCCGGAAACUUCUUGGAUUCAGCCGUGAGUUGGAGCAAAGCCAGGGAAGGGAAUCUGCCGGAAGCUUCACCAAUUCUACCUACAUCCACAACCCUUUUCAGCCGCAACUCCAAACCAGAAUCACCAUCUGCACUUGGCCGAGAGCUAGGAAGGAAAUUUCUGGAAUUUCGUGUGAAAGAUUGGUUGCUAGCUGAGGAUUUUGCGAGGACGCGGAAUUCGAUUCUCAACUUGAUAUCUGAACUCCACUCUUGGUUCUGGAAACUGAAAGCUGGAUGCUUACUUAAGUUUUCCUUUUGGAUUGUAUUUGAAUACUAUAACUUAUUCUGUGGGCUGUAAUGUGUUAUUUGAGAUAAUGCACUUUUCUUUUGGGUUGCCACUUGAAGCUGGAAAAUGGGUAAACCCUAAUUCGAUUACUUGGCAUGUAAAUUUGUAAUAGAGAUUUAUGUAUUUAUCUACCCGGAUUGGUACGACUUUAUAUUUUGGUA